UCGUCGUGGAAUGGUCAGCCUUGCUCGAAACUUAAAUACGUCGCGUAGUGGAGCCGUGUUUUUUGAUGCGUCCCACAAUAUGGAGGACGAGGAGUAUUUACAACCUGUGUUGACUUCGCAAGAGGAAGAAUAUUUUCAAAAAUUGGAUACAAUUCCAUUUGUAUCCGUUCCUCUUAUACUUGGCGUGUCUUUAGAAAUUAUAGGAAUUGUAUUUGUGUCUGUGUGGCCAGAUGAGCAAAAUAAAUGCGACACUUAUUUUAUAUAUUUAUAUCUUCAUUGUCUGUAUUGGUUGAUAAUUAUGGUGGUCGAUCAUUUUGUCAAAGCGAAGCAUCAUGUAUUACGUAUCUAUGGAUACCUUGAAUUUUAUCAAUCAACAUAUCAGCAAAUAAGGGCACCCCAUUUCAUAGCAUCCUUGUGGAUUACAUGCUAUUUAUUAUUAGCUGUUAUUUUACAUCAUACGCAUAAAAUCAAUUACGAACAAUAUUGUAGAGCAUCGGAAUGGUUCACCCCACUGAAUUACAUUGUAUUUCUAACUUCAUUAGAACUGAUGAUCAUUGUGCCAGUUUAUGUAAAUUAUAUUAAAAGAGUUAUGAGAUUCAAUCAAUUGCGUCCACCACCUGAUGUUACACGAGAAGAAUGGUUGUCCUCUUUCACUCAGAACACAUAUGCAGGUAGUGGAGAAGUAGGUUACCAUCGUGGGGGAACAAACUUGGAGGAGCUGCUAGAGAAGCAGGCAGAUUUGAUAAGAUAUUUGAGAGAUCAUAAUGUUAAAUUAAGUAUUAGAAUGAUGAUGUUAGCAACUCAGCGAACAUUACCAGAAGCAUAAAUCGUUUAUACAAAUUAUAAUCGUUUAAGUGAAUUACACGCGUAAAAGUAAG